AUGAUUGAAUCUAAUCCACAAGAUGAUCAAUAUAAGAUUCCAUUGAAUCUUAUUUCAGAUAUAUCUAUAUUAGAAAAUCAGGUAGCAGCUUGUCGAGGUGGUGAGCAUUAUCAGUUAACAGUUGAUCAAUUUAAUUUUCGAGAUGAUGGUGGAAUUGAUUUUCAAAGAUUUUGUAUAAAAAAUAAUCAAAGAGAAAUAACAGGAGGCAUA